CAUAAGCAAAGCAAAAUUUGCUUCUAAUAAAGUAGCAUUAGUUCCUGAAUGUAGAAGACUGGCAAAAGUGUGAUAGGUGUGUGAUUUCUAUAUUUUUCCGAAAUACAGAUUUAAAGAAAGCCGUUUCCGACCUUGCAAAAGAGGAGAACAAAAUAAAAUCGGACAAAAUCGAAGUUGAUCAGAAGUGCAAAACGUACAACGCACAGAUUAAUGAGCAUAAGGGACAGAUUCACGGUUAUAGGUCGAAGUUGGCUCAUUUGAAGCUUCAAGAGAUACCCGACCAAGCCACAGAGGAAUUGAAGGAGUUUACGCAAGAUGAGCUAAAAGAGAAAAACAUUGGGAAUAUACAGCGACAAUUGACAUUCCAAGAGAAUCAAAUUAAAAGUGCAAAACCUAAUCUAAACGCAAUAACAGAGUAUCGAAAGAAACAAAUGAUAUUUAUUGAAAGAUCAAAAGAAUUAGAUGAACUUUCUCAAAAGAAGGCUAAAGUUAAAGAGGCGUUAGAUAAUGUUAGACAGAAAAGGAAGGAGGAGUUUGCAACCGGAUAUAAUAUUAUUCGAUUAAAAUUGAAGGAGAUGUAUCAAAUGAUUACUUUAGGAGGAGACGCCGAUUUUGAAUAUGUUGAUACAUUUGAUCCAUUUACGGAAGGUAUUCAAUUCAAUGUACGUCCACCGAAGAAAUCGUGGAAAAAUAUAUCAAAUUUAUCCGGCGGCGAAAAGACGUUAUCUUCAUUGGCAUUAGUAUUCGCUUUGCAUUAUUAUAAACCGUCUCCCUUAUACGUGAUGGACGAAAUUGAUGCAGCUCUGGAUUUUAAGAAUGUUUCCAUUGUGGCAAAUUAUAUUAAAGAACGAACAAAAAAUGCGCAAUUUGUUAUCAUCUCCCUAAGAUCCAAUAUGUUUGAGCUGUCCGAUCAUCUAAUUGGUAUAUACAAAACCUUUAACUGCACUAAGUCAAUUACUAUUAAUCCAAGAGUGUAUGAUAAACCGAAGCAAACCGCCAUGAUUCCAGAACCACAGCAAAAUGGUAAUGAUGAUAUAAUCGAAACACCACAAGGAGUUGCUUCCGAAGACAAGGAAGUUGAAAAUGAACCAAAUGAAAUUGAAAUCAAUGGGUCACAAAUGGAAGUUGAUGAAUAAUUUAUUAUCGAAUUUUAAUAAUGUAAAGAUUUUUAUAUUUUUCUAAUAGAACAGUGUUAAUUACU